AACUUGAGUAAUAAGAAUAGCUCAGUGUGUGGCACAAACAGACAAAACCCAGUAAAUCCAGAGGGAAAGCUGGCACUCCACUUCCUAAACUCACUCACUCGGUUGUGGGGGGAAGAGAUGGAGCAAAUGCAGUGUGUGAAUUCAGGACAAGCAUGUCAGCCUCAGCUUUGAAAUUUCCUGGCUCUGUUUGGCAAGCUCGAUUUUAUUUAGAUCUGGGGAGGAGAUUACAUGUAUAUCCUGCAGACCCCAGGUUCAGGAGAAAAGUUUGAACUCCCCUCAAGGUGUGAAGCAUAGGGCUCCCACCUCCUCGAGGCUCGAGCUUCAGUGCUCUCCCUCUUCCUCCCCUGGGCUGUGAAACUGGAGAAGAGCAGCAGGAACAAUGUCACAUGAAGGGAAUGCUAACUACACUGCAACCUCGCUGCUUCCAGGCAGCUCCUUCAGCCUCAGCCUCUCUUUCUCUCUGGCUGACUUGGUUAAAAUCAUUGUUUGGCUCCAGCAUUAACUACAUUCCAGAGGGACGCAGCGCCCAGUCUCCUUCCUCGCAUUCCUGCCCCACACAAAGGAGUCCCUCCCUCGCCCAGCCUCUGUGCAUCUCUUCCAGCGCCACAAAGACCCUGGGAGCCGGGAGCUGCACUUGCCCCCAGGCUCGGAGUUUGUCCCCGGCGCUGGGUCUAGGUGCAACUCUGCUGGGAAAGGGGGAGAAGGCAGGCAGCUCCUGAGUGCAAAUUCCUCCGCGCAGCGCGCCAUUGACUGGCCUGAGCAACUAAUUUAAGGCUGGAAAUUGACACACGGGGGCUUUUUCUUCUCGCCUGUCCUCGUUCUGCUACGGGAGCUGGUCGUGAGACGGGCUGUGGAGCAGGGAUGCCUUCCAGGUGACCUGGUGCAAGGAGCUGUUGGGUCACCUGGCUGCAGAUCUCUGGGGCAGGGGGAGCAGCCUGGGCAGAAAAGUGCCUUGCCCUGCUGCAAACUUCCCGGCCGGCAGCUUCCCCCCCCCCCCCACUUUUUUUCCUCUUUCUCCCCGCUACCCCUCCGGCUCGGGGCCGGCGGAGCAUGGAGAGGUACGAGCAGGACAUUGCCCGAGCCAGCAAGUUCAUGGAAGAUCUGUCUCUCUACGAGCCCUGCCAGGAUGGGCUGUACAGCGGCCGGGGCUGCAGCGGCAGCCGAAGGGAGCUGCUAGAAGACGCCCAACUGGCCAUCGCAGCCCACAUGACGGCGGAGCCGAGAGGCAAGAAAAUGAAUGGCACCGUGGGCCCCCCGGGGGACGCCCACGCCGCCGCCCCCUCCGGCAAAGUGUACCAGGCUGCGGCCGCCCCCCAGGCCCGCUCGCUGAACGGCGGCAGCCGGGGGGGCGGCCCGGAGCCGGGCUGCUGCGAGGAAGGGCUUUGCACCCGCUCCGAGGUGGCGCUGCCCUGCUACGGCGGCUUCGCGGACAAGGGCAGGCGCUAUUCCUCCGAGAGCGCCCGGCACAGCGCCGGCAGCGCCUACGAGGGCGUCUACGUGCCCAAGCCGGCCGGCUCCUACCCCGGCCCGCCGAGCAGCCGAGCCCACGCCGGGCCUGAGGGCAGAUACAACGCGGCCAGCCCCCGGGCCAGCCUGGUCGCCUCUUGCCAGGAGCAGCUCAGCCGCUUCUCUAGCCCUAGGUCCAGCCUGGGCAGCAGCGGCGCCCCGGGCUACGAGAAGUUCUCCAGCCCCAGGGCCAGCCUGGUGGUGCCCGGGCAGGAGAAAUACAGCAGCCCGCGGGCCAGUCUGGUGCAGUACGAAGGCGGCGCUCUGAGCCCCAGGUCGAGCUACGCCAGCACGGCCAGUGACACCAGCAAACACUCCAGCCCCCGGGCCAGCCUGACCAGCUACGACUGCGGGAGCAAGCCCAGCAGCAACCGCACCAGCGGCAUCAGCAUGGGCUACGACCAGCGGCACGUCAGUCCCCGCUCCAGCACCGCCAGCCCCCGCUCCAGUUACUCGGACUCCCGCUACGGCCUGCCGGGGAAUCCCGAGCUGGAUGGGGCUGCCGGGCCGGGGCUCCCCAUGGUUAGCCCGAGGUCCAGCCUUUGCAGCCAGGAUGGUCGGACAGGGGCGGUGGGGAGCUGCAACCCGUCUGUGGUCAGCCCCAGGUCGAGCAUCUCCAGCCAUAGCUCCAGAAGCUCCAGAGGCUCCAUGAGCGCGUACCCGGAGCUCCAGCUGCCUUCGCCCCGCUCUUCCAUGCUGGGACCAGGUUUACAGGAGGAAAAUCCCACGCAGGAGCAUGGAGAUGCUUAUCCCAGGCACGAGCAGCAGCAGCAUCCCGCUGCCUCCAACCCCGACUCGGCUUCAGGAGCGUUAGCAUCCUACACUUACAGCCCAACCAAAGGGUCCGCUUCAGCUCCCAAAUUCAAGCUUCCGUAUCAGGUCACCCCGUCCAGGGAGAGUGGACCCAGCCAGGCAGAGAGGAGGUUGGAAGCGUUGACGCUGGAGCUGGAGAAGGAGUUGGAGAUGCACAUGAAGAAGGAAUAUUUUGGUAUUUGUAUAAAGUGUGGAAAGGGCGUAUAUGGAGCGAGCCAGGCUUGCCAAGCAAUGGGUAACCUCUACCAUACCAACUGCUUCACGUGCUGCUCCUGUGGGAGAAGACUGCGAGGAAAAGCCUUCUACAAUGUCAAUGGUAAAGUGUACUGUGAAGAAGACUUCCUAUAUUCGGGCUUUCAACAAACAGCAGACAAGUGUUUUGUUUGUGGACACCUCAUAAUGGAAAUGAUCUUACAGGCUCUUGGAAAAUCAUACCAUCCUGGCUGUUUCCGCUGCGUGGUCUGUAAUGAAUGUUUGGACGGAGUCCCCUUCACUGUAGACGUGGAGAACAAUAUUUACUGUGUCAAAGACUAUCACACUGUUUUCGCACCAAAAUGCGCUUCCUGUAACCAGCCAAUUCUACCAGCACAGGGCUCCGAGGAGACCAUUCGAGUGGUGUCCAUGGACAGAGAUUACCACGUGGAAUGUUAUCACUGCGAGGACUGCGGUCUCCAGCUCAAUGAUGAAGAAGGCCAUCGUUGCUAUCCUUUAGAGGGCCACCUACUCUGUCAUGGCUGUCAUAUUAGGCGCCUCAAUAUCAAAGUGCCACCACAUCCACCUCCAAGUUACCCAAUGCAUGUUACAGAACUCUGAAAGACACUUUCUAUAGCAAUGAAUCGUUAGAGAGAAGAUGAAAGAACUAAAAAUGACUUUCCAGUUUUUAAAGAUGAAAUUCCUCUAAUAACCCUCUAAACCAGCUAAGUUAUUUAUUUUUUUUAAAUCGUAUGUCAGAGGGCCUCUAUGAUCGUUUCCAUUUACCUUCAGCAUUUUCACUAACACACCACUUACUUGAAAAAAAAAAUGCACCACUGAACUAACUGUAAGCAGCAGUAUUUCCCAGUACAGUGGUAUGAAAGGCUCUGUUCUACACUCCUUGUUUGCUUCAUUCCAGUGGGAGUUUUGCCUGAGCAAGAAGUGUAGAAUUAAUCCCCCCAAGUUAGCAACCUACACAUCACAACAAGCGUGAUAAGCUAAAUACUGGCAUUUUAGCUAGUCCCAUUGCAUCC